AUGACGUGGCAGCGCUCUCGACCGGACGAAGCAGACGCGUCGGCCGAAGCGGACGCGCUGAGUCCGAUCGCGGCCGUGCGACUGCAGGUGCACGAGCUGCAGACGGCGGACGAAGCGACUUCAACGACGUUGUCGGCUGACUCGAGGGACCCGGCGAUCUCCGAGGACGAGCGCAGCGACCUGAACAACGUGAAACAGCGGACGGGCGAGACGCAGUCACCGCCGCCGCCGCCGCCACCGCCGCCGCCGACCAAAGUGCUGUUCCUUGACGGCAUUCGCGGACUUGCGGCCAUGUUGGUGGUGGUCCAGCACUCGGGCAGGUUCUACCCCUCGCUGCACCUCGGGUCGGUCGCGGUCGACGCCUUCUUCAUCCUUUCGUCGUUCCUCUUGACGUGGCUGUUCAUGAAGAAGAGCCUCAAGCUGAUCGCGCAGCGCGCGUCGGUCCGGACGUGGGCCAUCGCGAUACUCGACUACUUUCAAAAGCGGUUCUUCCGCGUGUACCCACUGUUUGCACUGGUGGCCACUGUGAUUUGGCUCCUGCCAUACCGCUACCAAAGUCGCUGCUUCUAUGUCUCGAAGAGCACCCACGUAAAUCUGUUCAAGAUGCUGACGUUCGACUCUGACCAGCGCUUUCACGUCUUAUGGACGCUGCCGCUGGAGAUCGCCUACUACUUUAUUAUCCCAGUCUUCGUGCUGGCCACGAUCGCCAUGCGUCGCUUCUGGCUGGUUGGGGCCGUGCCGGCAAUGGUUUGGAUCGUCUACGAAGGCUAUACCUACGAACGACAGAGCCACAUGCCUCUUCGUCCCCACAUGCAUACCUUCGUCAUGGGGUCGCUGGCCGCCGUUGCCUAUGUGAAGCUGGACACCCGGAUACAAAAGACGAGCUUCCAGCUGCUGUGGUGGCACAAACUGCUCAUUCGUGUCGUGGAGGGCCUCAUCAUUUUGCUCAUGCUGAGCGUUUGUUUCCGGGGUCUGCUCUUCGACUGGGUCGUUGCGAAUCCAGCCGCGCCACCGAAGGGGUUUCCGUUUUCCAGCGUCUUCAUGGCUGUGAUCAUUGUGAUUGAGAUGAUGCUGCCGUCGUGUGUAUCCGCCAUGUUCGAGUGGAACGUCUUUCGCUUCUGGGGCAAAAUCAGCUUCUCGAUCUACUUGCUCCACACGUUUGUCCUCAAGUACCAGGUGAUCAGCGCGCAACCGUAUUUUAUCAACCGCUUCGUCGCCUAUUUGGUUCUGACCAACGCGCUCGCGACGGUGUCGUAUUACCUGGUCGAGUACCCGUCGCAUUUGCUGGCGCAGCGGAUCUCUCGCUUUCUCGCUGCACGAGAAAAGAGCGACGCGGCGACGUACACGAGCGUGGAGAAGACUGUCUCGAAAGAACGCGGCAGUGAGACCGAAGGGAGAUAG